UCUUUGUACUUUGCAAGCUGGAACAUUUUGUUUACCAAGCCAAAUUAGUUCAUACAGCUGGACGGCUUGCCUCGCCUUUGCAGCAUUCUCACAUUUAACAAGAAAAAGACUUGGACGCUGUUGUCAGACUGGCCAUCAACCGCUCUGAAAACCACCGAGCAAGCGCCAGGACGUCCAACUUUACUCGCUGCGAGUUAAAGUAAUGAAAGAGAAACACGUUUUCCCUUCAUGCUUAUUUUCGACAAGAAAGAAGGCAUGGAUAUUUGUGACGGGAAGAAGAGGAGAAAGGUAAAAGGCGGCAUGCGGGGCUGCAGGCGGAGCGUGGCCGGGAAGAUGAGGCGGGAGGCGUGCAAAGUCCUUCGCUCCCUGCCGGUGGCGGACAACAACCACCCGGAGCCAAUGGAGGAAGAGGAGGACGAGGACUUCUUCUCCAUCAGUUUCCUCCGAAAUGACCUCCUGGAGCCCGCCGUCGUGGUGGCUCCUCGAUACAGUUUGUUGCGGGAAGUCGGACGCGGGAGCUACGGGGUAGUGUACGAGGCUAUAGCCCGGAAAACGGGAGCCAGGGUGGCGGUGAAGAGGCUCCAAUGCGACGCCCCGGAAAACGUGGAGCUGGCCCUGGCCGAGUUCUGGGCCCUGGCCAGCCUGGAGGACAGACACCAGAAUGUGGUUCAGCUGGAGGAGUGUGUCCUGCAGAGGAAUGGCCUGGCCCAGAAGAUGAGCCAUGGAAAUAAGAGGUCAAAACAAUACCUGAGACUGGUGGAGACCUCACUCAAAGGUGAACGCAUCCUUGGUUACCCAGCGGAGCCAUGCUACUUGUGGUUUGUCAUGGAGUUUUGUGAGGGUGGGGACCUGAACCAGUACAUCUUGUCUCGUCGACCUGAUCCCCGCACCAACAAGAGCUUCAUGCGGCAGCUGACGAGUGCCGUGGCUUUCCUGCACAAAAACAACAUUGUUCAUCGUGAUCUUAAGCCAGACAACAUACUCAUUUCACAGAAGUCGGGCUCACCAGUUCUGAAAGUGGCUGAUUUUGGCCUCAGUAAGGUCUGCGCCGGUCUCAGCUCUGGUGGCAAAGGUGGUGAAGACUAUCCUGCAGCAGGUGGGGGCGGCAGAGGCAACAACCAGAAUAAUGUGGUCAAUGUCAACAAAUUUUGGUUGUCUUCAGCCUGUGGCUCAGACUUUUACAUGGCACCUGAGGUGUGGGAGGGCCACUAUACAGCCAAAGCUGACAUCUUUGCCCUUGGCAUCAUCAUCUGGGCAAUGAUUGAGCGGAUCACUUUCAUUGAUGCAGAGUCCAAGCGUGAACUGCUGGGCACUUACAUACGGCAGGGCACAGAGAUUGUACCUGUAGGGGAGGCACUAUUAGAGAACCCCAAGAUGGUUCUCCACAUCCCUCAGAAGACCAGGAGCUCCAUGUCUGAGGGAGUGAAGAAGCUCCUCCAGGACAUGCUAGCUGUCAAUCCUCAGGACCGACCUGACGCCUUCCAGUUGGAGGUGCGGAUGGACCAAGUCACGUGUGCUGCGUGACAACCCACACCUUCCCAAACCCUCUCCUUUUUUACCCUCAUUGGUCAAAGAAGGGUCCUUUUCCUUUCCCAGAUUUGUUUACUCUAUGGAUGUGGAAUCCAGUGUCUGCACAGCAAUGGAAAAAGGGACUCUGACAAACCCUGAACUGUGAAGAAAACCUCCACAAUCGCAAUAUGGAAAAAUGAAUAAUGGACUGGCUGAUUAUUUCAAAAUCCCAGGAUGGGAGAAGUAUACAAAUCAGUUCCUGAUGGGCACUUGUAGCACCAUCUGAUUACAACCUGAGCAUCGUCACCAUCAAGCUGAGGACAUUGACUGACUGCCAGGGUCUCUGCCUGCUCAUUUGAUAUGUUAAGCCAGAUUUUAAGAAGGUUAUCUUCAUUAAUUUUUUCCCCACAGACUUAAGUUUUUUUUCACUCACAUGUUGGCAGUGGAUGGCGCCAUAAAGAAAUUCAGCAAUAGCUAUUCAACUGGAUACCCCAUUAUUCCACAGUAAUACAGUGAAACUAUUUGCUUCCUAAACUUUUACUGAUUAAAAGGGGGUUGUAAGACUGUGAAACCAUAUAUAUAUAUAUAUAUAUAUAUAUAUAUAUAUAUAUAUAUAUAUAUAUAUAUAUAUAUAUAUAGCGAACACAAGCACUUAUCUAAGUGCCCUCCUGCCCAGUUGCUUGUGCCUUAUGUUACCCCCCAUCAGAUGGAGGCAUAACAGUUUUUAGUACCAAGCAGGAACAGUUUUUAUUUUACUUUGUACAUGCAGUAUAGAAUUCACCCCUUAAGGUUGAUUUAUACUUCUGUGACAAAAUGCCUCCAUAGCCCUAGUGUACCUCUCCAAUAACAGAUCUGUACAGAGGGCAUCAAAAGACCGCAAGAUCUGUGAUUGGUCCCACUUUGUGCUGCUUCCGUGUUUUGCGAGUUGAUGUUGAGAAUGAAGACAACCUAAUGCCAGUUGCAUGGUUUCUACACUUGUUCAUCAGUAAAAUUCCUGAACUUUUUCUUGACUUUUCCAUAACUACAUACCAAACUUCCUUGACCCUAUUUAUGCAGUGUGAUGGGUAAUGCCACCUUUACAACUAGGAGGUGGAAUCGCAAGACAAAUCAAAUAUGUCUCUUAGCAACAGCAGAGCCUCUUUAUUAAUGAGUAAAAUCUUGACUCUGCUGUCCGCUGAUCUGUGUCUCAGCGAUCAGCACAAUGCAAUGCAGAACUAUUAACACUUAGAGCAGCGCAGGACACUAUGGCAUAGCUACAGCGAUACUUGGACUCAGAAGUAUAAUUCGACCUUUAGUAGUAGCAGGUCUGUGUGAAUCCAUAUGUGAUGUAUUUGACACCAAACUGUGCCCUCUAGCUCCCAAAAGGGGAUUUGAACCGGUUUAUUAGAUAUAAGCUACUGCUCAUUCCAAAGAGCUCAUGUUGGGUAAUUUACAUAUUCAAAUUAAUCAGCAUUGUUUAGCCCAGUAUUACUAAUAUCAAGAGUUGGCUUUCGGAAUUAUGUUAAGACCAAAAAAAAAACAAACAAAAAAACAAAAAAAAAAUUUUGCUAACUAGUAAGCUGUUACUGAGAAAAGUCUUACACGUGUUAAUCAUGAUUUUGCAAGCAUGACAUGAGCGGGUGUGUGAUUUGUACAAAAUGCUUUUAAGUUUUGGGUGGCAUUUUAAGACAUUUAACAAAUUGAAGUUGCAGUUUUUAAUACAGUACAAAAGAUCGGAUUGAUUGAUGAAUGACUUUGCGAUGUUCUGUAAUUUAGGAAUGUUGAGCUCUUCUAAAUCCUGUCUGUACUCUGUACCCUUUUGACUUUUGAUAUGGUUUAAACAACUAUGUGGGUUCUUUCAGAAUCACUGUUGGUGCGACACAACACCUGAUGAGUAUGGUAUUACUGUUGUGGCUGAAUACAUCUUGGAUAUCUGUUUUGGGGAAUCUUUGAGUUUUGAAAAUUUAGAUAUCACACAUCAUAAAAACCCACUUCACUGUUCUUUUUUUUUUUUUUAUUAACAUAGUGCAUACGUUAAUUGUCUCUCCAUUCCUUUGUUGUUUAUUGAAGUACAUCAUCAGAGUGUCAGUGAUGUGCAGAGCAUGUUAAGGUGUCACUUUGUUCUGCUGCUGUGGCUAGUUAUUUCCAGCUCAUCACUGAGCCCUUUGUAGCCCUGCCACAGAAGGCACAUGAAAUCACAUAAAACAGAGUCAGGUGGUGUCAAGAUUGAUGCUGUUACUGUUUUUACACGACUAUCUUUAACUCCUGCACUGUCUGUUGUUUUUUUGUAACUGUGGUGGCUUGUGAUAUUUUGUCCUACAGAGCCCAGCCCGUUGAUGUUAACAGAAUUCAUGGUCAGAUACAAAGCCACCAAUCAUUACGGUUGUACCCUAGGAUACUGUACAGAUAGAAAUACUAAAGGCUCCUGCAGACUUAAAAUGAAGUCACCACCCAAAACACUGCAGUGAUCUGAGUUGGAGGAGAGCGAACUUAUGUCAUUUGUCUCUUCCAGUUCACUGGUACACAGAUUUCUUAUGUUGCAUCAGUUGCAUCAAAUUCCUUGAAAAAUGAGUUAUUCAUUCCAAAAGAGAUCAGAAAUAGCUCCCAUGCAGCACCACCUGCAAAUCUGGAAUGCUUUUAUUUAAGCCAAUGGGGUCUCCUGCAACAGUGUGGUUGAAUGGCAUGUGGAGACUAUAUUGUCAGGACCAGCUUCACCAGUCUAUGUGUGUGUGUGUGUGUGUUGGAGCAGUGACUUUGCUGUAAGUCUAUGGGAACCUUAACUGUACCUGCAGGCCUGUCACUGAUGGUUUCAUUCAUAAAGUCAUCAACAGAAUUGCCUGUUCCAACUUUUAGACCAGAUUUGAGAAGGGACAGUGUAUGUUUAUCAACGUUCAAAAAAAAAAAAAAAAAAAAAGUAAAUACACCCAAGUUAGCCUAAAGGGUAGUUUUCAUCAGCAGUCCCUUUGGCAGAUAUUGUUAGGCAUGCUAAAACAACAAAAUAAAACAAUAGGUACAAUAUUGGUUUUGCUGAACUCUGAUUAAAAGUAAUCUCAUAUUAAAUGAAUCCUUGUUGGUGCAGCCCAGGCUGAGAGAUGUCUUAGUUUUAACUCAAGAAAUCUGAAACAGUUACAAGAUGGAUUACAAGAUGAAAGCAAUAAUAUAUAAACAAUAAUAGAAAAAAAAAAACAAAAAAACAAAAUGCAAAAGGCAGAUGCGCAGAAUAAUGAAAAUAGGAUGAGAAUACAGGCCGUACUUAGAAAA